GAAAAGCUUUCGAGAGCUUAUAAUAAUAAUUCAGCAAUAACCAUCAGACUUACCAGAAAUGAGUUAUCCGGACCACAUGAAUUAAUGCUCACAAAAACUCAGAUCAAUAAAUUGAAAAAAGCAAUGAGCCAGGGUACAGGGUCGGAUAUCAAGGUAUCAAAAACGCAAAUCAGAAAGGCUGUUAGACAGGGUGGUAGUUUGUGGGGAUCAUUAAUCAGUUUAGGAAGCAAGUUACUACCUAUGGCAAUGCCAUUAGCCAAAAAAGCUAUCGCACCGCUUGCAACAGGCGCGUUAUCAGGUUGAGCCAGUCUCGGUGUGGAUAAAAUAUUGGGAAAAGGUCAACGAGGAGGUUUUCUUAUUCCAAUAGAUAAAAUAGCACAAUUGGUUGCGUCCAAGCAUUUACUGACCACAGGUCAGAAAAAGGAUAUUCUUAAGUCUCUCCAAACUGGCAACGGAUUAGUUAUCAGACCGACGAAAACACAGAGCGGCGGAUUUCUUGGUACUCUACUAGCGAGUAUAGGUGUCCCUCUGUUACUAAAUGCAUUGACGGGAAAAGGACUGCAG